CGGCGAGUCACGAAAUCAGUUUGAGGACUCAAAUUUCAACCUUAUGAAGAGCGCCUCUAAUAACUUAACCUUUACCUAUUAGAGUAUAGGCGUCUUAAAGGUUCCUGCCUGGAGGUUUUGGUGAUCCCCUGCUAAUAGACACGGAGGCCUGUUAAGCGAUAGCUUCUUCUAAUCAGUCCACAACUAUUUGAACCAUUUGAAGGUCAUACCACACUUCUGCCGUAUAUACGGCGUUUGAAGUUCAUCCACGCUUACUGUUUGGAUUUAUACCACUGAUUUGUAUAAUAAACCUUUGCAGUUUCAAUGGGCUUGGGAAAGGGGAUCAAACGCCAACGAAACGGUGUUCAGUUUAAAUUAGAUUUGAAAGUGAAAGAACAAAUGCAACGAGACCAACUAUUUCUCUGGAAAUCACCUUUACUUACACUGUAUUAUUUCUCCUUGGAGUGUAUAUUCAGAUUUGCUCAGCUGCGCUUUACUGUUUUGCAAAACAAAACUAGAUGUGUUUUUGUUGUCAGCAUAAUUUUAUUACUGUUUUUUUUGGACUACUUGGAAGGUCCUCAUUCUAAUACUUUUGGCCGCAUGAAAUCUACUUUCUUAUGGUGGUCGUGGUGGGUUUGGCUUGGAUUUCUAUCAUCAUGUGGAUUUGGUACCGGUCUACACACUUUCGUUUUGUAUCUAGGUCCGUUUAUAGCUGAAGUCACGAUGAGCGCAUAUGAAUGUAAAACACUUGAUUUUCCUCGUCCACCCUACCCGGAUAGAAUUGUAUGUCCGGAUAAUCCAAAUCCAUUUGAAAAAAUUACGUUUUGGAAAAUUAUGCGGAAAGUGCAAAUGGAGUCAGUCAUGUGGGGCUUAGGGACUGCGCUUGGCGAAUUGCCUCCUUAUUUCAUGGCUCGAGGUGCCAAGCUUUCCGGGGAAUACAGUGAUGAAUUAUUGGAUUUACAGGAAUCCAUCUCGUCGAAUGAAAAUUCUGCUAAUCUUUCAGAUCAAACAGUUACUUUUCAAAAGAAAGCUGAACGUUUUUUGCAUCAUCUAAUCAUGAAAGCUGGAUUUAUUGGAAUUUUACUUUGUGCGUCUAUUCCCAACCCAUUGUUCGAUUUGGCUGGAGUAACAUGUGGACACUUUUUGGUGCCAUUUUGGUCUUUCUUUGGCGCAACUUUUAUUGGCAAAGCCUUGAUCAAGGUUCAUUUACAACAGCUAACUGUGAUCGCUUUAAGUUCUGAGCACCAUGUAGAAACAUUAGUUGAGUUAAUUGGUCGUAUUCCAGUGUAUGGUAAACAGUUACAAUCUCCGUUUCUUGAAUAUUUACACCAACAAAAAGCUAGUCUACACAAUAAAGAAUUUAAUGGACAACAAAGUUGGCUUCAGUUUGUGUUAUUUGUCCUCAUAACUGGACUUAUACUUUCAUUUCUCGUAUCCAUUAUUCAUGCGCUUGCGAGGAGUUAUCAUCGUAGAUUAUGCGAGUGGCGGCGGCUUGCAGAAGGAGAAGUACAUAGUAAAGAUGAAUAAUUUUCAAUAUUAAAAUUGUGUUAGUUCCGACUUCUAAAGUUAUUUCAUUCCAUAUUAUCUAUCAGUACAUAGUUUUUCAGAGGUUAUGUUUUACGUUGCCUUUUAAAAUGUGAUCUUUUUACUCACCCGAUGUUGUUUCCAAACGUGUUGCACAACAGUGGAAGUGUUUCAAACUUAUUGACACGAUAUUUUAUUUCGAAUCGUUGGUAAACUUCAUUUUCAAAAUUUUUACAACCAUGCAAUUGUCAUUUCUCUGGCAUUUUUAAAAUCCAAAUUGUGUUCAUUCUAGUUUGUUUCGAAACCAAGUGUUUCUGUACUAAAAUUUCUUAGCUAUUAUAUUUUGUACCGAAAUCAAUUUGGUCUACUUUUGACUGCAGUUAGUAUCUAACAUUGACUAUUCAGUGAUACAUGUACAAAGUUCCCUAUUUAUUUCUUUUAUUGAAAAGACUUAGUCAGCAACAACGUAGAACUUCGUACGUACGUACAUCAAUUCGAGUUGCCAUGCCACAUUAGCACAGAGAUACAAUUGUUGACUCAUAUCCCGUAGUGGCAGAGAUAGUAAGAGUAUAAACAGUAAUCGGAAACAUUAGGGUUUUAAAAUGUUAUUCAAGGGGUAUAAUCCACUGAAAUGAAUUUGGGGAGAGAAAAGAAAGACAUGAAGAAUUUAGGUUAGAACAUAAAGAUUGGGUGCACCUGCGCCAUGGCAAACGAUUUUGAGCCAUGUCAUUCAAGGUCUCUAACCAACGAUUGCUAUAGUCUACACCUGCCAACAUAACUCAGUCCACUUGUCAGUGACUUCAUGAAUUUGUGUUAUGUUUUGGUCUGGUCGCCCCUAGCUUCCUCUUCCAACCUACUCCUACACCAUAAAACAUCGCUCGUCGGGGCAGUUGGUGGUGGGGCAGACGUAACACAUCACAGCCACCUCAAAUGACGAAGUUUUGCUACUUCAUCAAUUGAUUUGCCAUCCUUGCCUAGUACCCGUUUCCAAACAACUGCAUCACUUAGUCGGUGGUCCCAGGAUAUACGAACAAUGUUUCGAAGACACCUAUAAUCGAAUACUAGUAACCUACGAAUAUCCUCUAAUCUUACCGACUAAUUUUCACUGCCAUAAAGUAGGAUGGGGCGGACUGCUGCUCAGUAAACCCGACCUCUGGUUGGUAGACGGACAUCUCACCUACUCCAUAAAUGGUGCGAGUUGCGACUACUUAUGUGUUUAUACUCAUCUUGUUUCAAGAAAACGAUGAGUGUAAUGUCUAUUGGAAUGUAUUUUCAAAUAUUUCAACAUGACAAUCCUUAAAUUUGUCGAAGAUGUGGGUUAGUUUUAAGAUAUCUCGGUAAAAUCAUAACUACUUAAUAUUUAUAUGACUGGGCGAAAACUGUAUGGAGGCCCGUUAUUUAAUCGUCAUUUAGAUCGAACGAUGUUGUCCAAAGGGCUCUCCACUUUAGUGGCCCGAGAUCUGACUCCAAGGUGAUUGUAAUGAUGAUUGUUGUUGAAAUAUAUGUGUCGCCUAUCCUCGUAUAUAAUCAUUGACUUAAAUCGCGUUAGUCAAUAACGGAAUUAAAUAAGUCAAAUAACGAGAAUGAACUUGUGAAUACAUAUAUUUUGUAUAUAAAGCGAAUGGAAUAGAGAGAGGAGAAACGACGCAGAGUGGUGAUGGCUGGUAAGCCAACUCCCCUUUAACCAAGCGUUAAUCAAUAUUUAUAGUUACACAAAAGUAAGUUACAGACAUGUGAUGAUUAAUGGGAUAAAAAAUGUACACACACCUAUACGCUCAUAUAAAAACAGUCAAGAUCGAUAAGCGAAUUAACAAGGUCAGAAUGUGACUCAAGUAGAAUGAAUACAAUUGGCUGUCCGAAAGCUAGAAUGAGGUAUAUGGGCUUAACAUAAUGGCCGACACUAAAUGCUGUCAUAGGUUGAUAGAUCAUUUUUAACCUAGGUUAGUAUCUGGUGAUUAAGAUACAUCGAGUAGUCAUUUAUCUUAGUAUUGUGUACAGUUUAACAAUAUUGUCGC